GGCGCCUCGUUUGGGGAGGGGGAAGAAGAGGUGGCUGCGGCUGCCAUGGCGACAGGCGUGGAGGCCUUGCCCGCUUGUGGGGCCGAGCGCUGCAGGGGGCUUAGCGAGCCCCGUCGUAAAAAUAGGUCGCUAGUACUGUAGCUGGUGCCUUGUUCUUGGGAGAGGCUAUAUAAUCCUUCUCAGCAGCUGUUAGCCACCCCCAGACAGACAUCGAUGCCCUCGGAAAAUCUCGCUGCUUUACUUUAAGGAACAUCCACAAUGGGUGACAAGAAAGACACUACUGAAUCCACAGACUCUGGAGAUUCCACAGAAGGUGGAGAUUAUGAGGAUGAUUUUGAAAAAGACCUUGAGUGGCUAAUUAAUGAAGAAGAAAAAAGAAUAUCUAGUGAUAUACAGAAUCAUGAUGACAAUGAAGAGAAUGUGGAAACUAGUGUUGACAAAGACUUAAGAGGUAGAGAAGAUAGAAUAAAUUCUUCACAAGGGUCUCUUGACCCUGAAGAAAUCUUGAAGGAUGAAGAUGGAAGUUCAGCACAAGAAUCUCCUAAACUGAAGGAAGUUCUGAAGGAUGAAAGGUCCCAAAAUGAAAUACAUUCUAUAUUUGAACAUGAUAUGAAGCUGUUGGAGCAGGCAUCUGAUACUGACAGUGAAAACUCCUGUCAGGAAUCAAAGUUUGACCAGGAAGACGUGGAGGAUGAUGAAGAUAUAAAGCGUUACAUCUUAGAAAAAAUAGAAGAAGCCAACAAACUUCUGUUAUAUCAGGAACCUCUGGAUGAAACAAAAGAAAGGAAACUAAAAUUCAAGGAUGAUUUGGUAGAUCUUGAAGUUCCAUCUCUGAAAGCUGUAGAAGCUGAUGAAAGUGACCCUCACAGGGAAAGAAACAUUUCAGGUAGACUGUCACAGUUGCAUAUUUCUAAUGAUGCAGGACAGGAAGAUUUUUCUCUUUCUAUUAAUGGUGGGAGAGAUGAUGAACACAAGGAUGGCAAGAUCCUAGUAGAAAAAGAUGGGAAAUUUGAACUCCUGAGUAUUCAUGAUAUUGAGAGCCAAGGCUUCUUUCCUCCACUAAGUGUUUCUUUUACUGACAUUGAAACUCAACACAUUUCUCCUAAAGCUUCCUACAGUACUUCUUUUGGCACUAUCUGUAUUAAAAAUGAUGAGUCCUUGCUACAAACACCUGUAAAAUCUUGUUCUCCUUCCCGAGAAGGCUUUAUUUAUGUCCCUCGACCACCAUCCAUUCGACCAAGUUCAGCCAUCAACAUUAUAAGAAACACUGAAAGGGGGAAAAGUCCACGCAGGGUACAGUCUGCAAAUGUCGGUCUUGGUAUGAGGAGUUCUACAUACUGCCUAUCACCUAGGCAAAAGGAACUACAAAAACAAAUGGAGCAAAGAAGAGAAAAAUUAAGGAAAGAGGAAGAAAUACGAAAAAGAGUAAUGGAGGAACAGAAAAGGAAAGAGAAUGACAUGGUCUUCAGAGCUUGGUUACAGAAGAAAAAAGAACAAAUGCAAGAUGAAAGAAGAAUUCAGCGUGCAAAAGAGCUGGAAGACUUGAACACCAGACAGGAAAGUAGAAAUCCAGAAGAAGCAUUCAGGUCAUGGCUUAAGAAAAAGAAACAAGAACAAAUUAAAGAAAAAGAAAUGCAAAAUAUGAAACAACAGGAAGAGUGCAUGUUUUUCCUUCCAAGAGCAAUGGAAAAUGACAAAGCUUUUAAACAAUGGCUGAGGAGGAAAAGAAGAGAAAAGCGGGAAGAGCAGCUAGCUGCCAAAGAGCGAUCAAAGCAGUUUAGGCAGGAAGCCAGAAGAGCGAAACAAAUAGAGAAUAUUCUUUGUUCAAUUUCUGAACCAAGAUGUCUUCGUUUCACAGACCAGUAUAGCUGAGGCUUAGAAUCACCUGGUGAUUCACAUGUCCUUCACACUAUCUUGUACAGCUUGAGUUGGCUGCCUUUUGGGAGUAGCUUCACUUCUGGUAUGUUUCAUAAUCCUUUAAUAAUGGUUUAAUUUUCUCAGUCUUACUAAUCUGUUCCCCUUUUAAACCUGGAGUAAUUCUGUAUUUGUGAAUGGGUCAAGAUUGUAUUAAUGGUUCUAAAAAACAUAAAUCAGAAUAAACACCUGUGUGGUAAUUGCAAUGUAAAUAAUUAAUUUUU